AUGACGUCUCUUGCUCAGGAUGUCGCGGCUGUUGUCACGCCCCUUGCCAACCAGGACAUUGUUUUCCACAUCAACCCCGAUCUCAGCAUCACUUACUGGUCCAGCAAGACCUCUGAUGAGACCCAGUGCGAGCAGUAUACUGCCUCGAACCUCAAGGUCAACGGCAACCCUAUCUACGUGAACAAGGAGCUGCCCGUUCUCGCCGCAGUCGCGUAUUCGGACAGUGGUUGUAACCAAGAUGAAGUCCGCGUCUACUAUGUCGCCCAGAACAAGUUUGUCUUGCGCGAGCUUCGACGCACCGGAGGCUCCGACGCCAAAUGGACUGAUGGGCAGGUCUUCAACAAUCAGCAGAACGGCAUUGCCAAGGAGAGCGGCCUCACCGCCAAUGUCGUGCAGACCCAAGGCGGCAGGCAGCAGCAGCUCAAGCUCUUCUAUCAGCGCGAAGCUGGUCAGCUCAACGUUACCUACAACGUCAUUGGCACCAACGACGUCUGGACCAACCGUGCCGACGUGACCAACUAA